UUUCGCCUUUUCUGCUUCUUCUGUCUGCAACUUCUUCCUCCGGAUGCUUCGCCAGACAACGGGGGUAUGGCCGCUUCCUGUGCGGCUGGCCGACACUCUCUGCAGUUCACUCUCGGACGCAGACAAACGCAAACGCAAACGCAAACGCAAACGCAGACGCAGACGCAGACGGAGACCCACAUGCAACCAGAUAGACCGUCCAUGAGAGCAGGACAAGGCAGGCCGGACGAAAAAAGGACCGAGACGACGAGGCAACCCAACGCAAAUGCAAGGAACUGCAAAUGCAAGGAACCGACUGAAAAGGAGCCUGGACACGAGAGAAAAGAAGCAGAAGAUGACCAAGAAACAGGAAAUCGAAGCUGGCCAAAUCUGGAGUGCAAGUUGAUGCAAUGA